CUGGUACAAAAUUUAGCUUGGACAAAAUCGGAGUAGAGCAGAGCAAUGGAGAGCAUUAGUCGAUUCUCACAGCGUCUCCUCCCGACAUGUCUCGCUGAAAACUGCCUCAUAAACCCGAUAACCUCUCCAUUCCGGCUGAUCCCAUCUCUCCAAUUCCAUCCAACCCUCAUACCCACUUCCAAACCGGGUCCCUCAGACCCGAAUCGCAUCUUCUCAACCAGAAAAACCUACAGACCUUCUUCUUCGUCAUCUACUUUAAUUGCCAGUGCGGGUUGGAUUCUGGGUCUCGGAGAUAAGAAGCCCGCAUUGCCCGAAAUUGUAAAGGCUGGCGACCCAGUUCUUCAUGAAUCAGCGCAGGAAGUUGAACCGGGAGAAAUCGGGUCGGAUAGGAUUCAGAAAAUUAUUGAUGAUAUGAUUAAGGCGAUGAGAACGGCACCUGGGGUUGGUCUUGCUGCUCCUCAGAUUGGAAUUCCCUUAAGGAUUAUCGUUUUGGAAGACACAAAAGAAUAUAUUAGUUAUGACCGAAAGGAUGUGAUUAAAGCACAAGAGAGACGCCCUUUUGAUCUUCUGGUUAUCCUGAAUCCAAAGCUUAGAAAGAAGGGUAACAGAACUGCAUUCUUUUUCGAAGGGUGUCUGAGUGUUGAUGGAUUCAGAGCUGUGGUGGAGCGACACUUACAGGUUGAGGUUACAGGUCUGAGUCGUAAUGGAAAGCCCAUCAAAGUAGAUGCUUCAGGCUGGAAGGCGCGCAUAUUACAGCAUGAGUGUGAUCAUUUGGAUGGAACUCUCUAUGUUGACAAGAUGGUUCCAAGAACGUUUAGAACAGUACAAAACAUCGACUUACCCCUUGCUGUUGGGUGCCCCAAGCUUGGUGCCCGCUAGCUCAUGGUUUCCAAACUGAACAUUCCCUCUAAAAUACUUAGAAGUUUCGAAAUCCAUUGUCAUGGGACUCCAUAGAAAUGAGCUGUUCUAUGCUUCUGGGUGACGUCCAUUGGAUAUGAACAUUCUUUAUUCCCAAAUGUUGAGGAAACUGAUUUUGUUUGACAAUGUUUCCAACAGUAGAUGGAUAAUGUUGAUGGCUUCAGAGCAAUUGUAACUGUUAUUUUCUUGUUUUCAAUGAAAUUGGCAUUGAGAUUCA